AUGGUUGUUUUAAUAAUUAAUAUGAAUGUUCUAAAGACUACAUCCAUUGUUAUAAUAGUUUAUGUAUAAUAAGUUAUUUGGAAACAAAUUUAUUACAUUUUCUAAAUAAUUAAUGCAUAUCUUUAUGUGGAGAUGAUUAUUUAUCUAAUAAGGAAUAAUGAGAUGAUACAAAUUCUAUACAGUAUGAUGGAUGCUAUUUAUGCUUAUUUUUAUGUAAUUAUUAUUGUCAUACUUCUUAAAAUGGUGUAUGUACUCAAUGUUAGAUUAGUUAUUACUUAGAUAAAUAAAAAAAUAUAUUUUAUAGUGUUUUUGGGGAUGAAAUUGUAACCCAUGAUGAAUAAUGUGAUAAUGGCAAUUUACUAUCUGAUUUAUUAUGUCUAAAUUGUAAAUUGUAAUGUUAAGAAGAAUAUAAAACUUGCAUUGAUGGAAAUUGUUUUUAAUGUAAUUCAUUAGGAUGGCAAUUGGAUGUGUUAUAUUAUUACUGUUAUUAUUUGAAUAAUUUUGUAUAUCUUUUAUGUUAAUUUAUUAAAUGUUAUUUUGAAAACUCAAACUAUUUCUAUAAUAACCUAUUUGUGGUGAUUGAUUAGUUUUAGGAAAUGAAUAAUGUGAUGAUGGAUGUGAUAAUUGCUUAUUGCAAUAGUAAAAGCAAAAAGAGUGUACUCUAUACGAAAAUGGUUAAUGCAAAGAGUGUAAUAUUGAAGGAUGGGAAUUUAAUAUAAAUAAAUGCACUCCGAUAUGCGGAGAUUAAAUAAUUUUGA